CGAGAUGCUUGACCGAAUCUUGCAUUUUGUGCUACUAAUGUCACUUUCGAUCGCCCUGUUUCCCAUACAAUGUGCCAUUCUUUUUCCAUUUAAAGUGCUGCUGCUCCCCCUCUGCCAUGAUUCCCCUCCACUUCGCUUCGCCCAGCCUUGAUCUCUUGGAAUAAUUAGACAGCAACCAUCUACAGCCCACAUCCUACAGCAACCUGAGCAUGAUCGAGACUACUCCCGAAAAUGAAACCCCCGUCCUUCCAUCAGUUGUGCUCCAGCCUGACACCAUGGAGAUUACUAAGCCUCUGAAAGAGGCAUUGGAAGGAGCCAUGUGUCGCUCCUUCAGUCUCAACGGUGACUCCCCCAAGGAGUUCCUUCCCGAGCCGGAAAUCAACCUGAUUAUUUCCGAGGAGUCGAUAUUGGGGGCUCUCCGGACCUCCUAUCCUGGGCCUGACUUCAUGCGUCGCAUGUAUGCCUCAACAAUCUACAAGUACCAGACGCACACCAAGACUUUUGCCAUCCUGGCCUUGAUCGGCCGAGUCGAUGCCAUCAUAGCCUUCAGAGAGAAUCGCCUCGGCGACGCGCAACUCCCAUUGGCAUUUUCUCACAUGUCGGGAAAAACGCCGGGCACAUUGGUGCGGUCCAUGGUCACCCGGUCCACCUUUGACCUAUCCUUGAUGGGACUCAGUCACUACGAGUCGAUACUCUUCGAGGAGACACAGUGGAAGUUUCUCGCUCCUGUCUUUGCGCGAGCUGAUCUCGACGGCAAACCUCGCGCGUUCUCGGGGGAUGCAAUUCUGCCUUUCGUCAUGCCAGACUUCCCUCACGGAAUCCGGUCGCCUCGCAAUGCUUGCAGCAAAAACUCCCGCAUAUACCAGGCCCGCCUUCACGACGGGCAUCACGACUUUCCCGUCUCUACAGUCGCAGUCAAGCAGCUUCUCAAAGCUGGACCGGAGGACUAUGCUCGCGAGGUGGAAGCCCUCAAGACCUUUGGCGGCCCGGAUCAACCCAAUGUCAUUGAGCUACUUGCCGCCUUCAAGCACGGAGAUACCUACUACUUGGUGACUCCUUGGGCUGAACACGACCUGCACGGCCUCUUCACCGAACCGACAUCCUCUUUGCCUUGCGACUCGGCCAGCGCGGUGAAGCCUGCCACCUUGACCGCGAAGCAGAUGCUUGGUGUCGCCGAGGCCUUGAAGGCGAUCCAUUAUUGCCGACAGAAGAAGCGCUCCAGCAAAAGAGACAACGAAACGGCUGAAGAAGUCAGUGGGAGCUACCACGGCGACAUCAAACCCGAAAACAUCCUCGUGGAAAAUGGGCAGUGGAAGCUGGCCGACUUUGGCCUGUCCCAGAUCGGCCGCGGGACACACCCUUCACAAGAAGAUAGGCCUGCAGGCUGUUCGCCGACGUACCGUGCUCCAGAGCAUGACGUUGGCAAGUUUGAUGGCCAAAAGGCAGAUAUCUGGUCUCUAGGCUGUGUCAUGAGCGUAGCUGCUACGUGGAUGACUCUGGGCCGCAAGGGGGUGAGGAAGUUCAGCGCCAAUCGCCAGACAAAGGCCGGUAAACGGUUCGAUAACUCCUUUUUCGAGGUUUCCGGAGACCAAGAAAAGGGAACCCGAGUUAAACUCAAGGCCGCUGUCUCUCACUGGAUCAGUCGACUUCGUCGAGCCCCGAAAGCGAGUCCCUUCACUCAAGACUUGCUUGACCUGAUCCAAGAUAAGAUGCUGGAAGUUGACGGUUCUAAGCGGAUAUCGUGCGCUGGCGUUGUCUCCACCCUCGAGAAGAUGUAUGAAAAGUGCGUAGGCGACCCAGGCUAUACAGAGCCAGCUCCUCGAGGAGAAAUGUCAAGUUGGACAUGCAGACAUGAGCUAUCGAUAGGAACCUCGAAUUAUGAAGCUCGAUCUAUCACUGUCAAUGUGGUCGAAGUACCAAGCCCAACACAACGCAGUCAGCCACCUCCGACGCUUGCACCACACUUCAACUCUUCCUACUCGUCCACCGGCUCUCACAAUUCGGAGUAUGACGAGAUGAUUAACUUUUCCUUGCCUACAUCAUUUACAGAGCCACUUUUCUCUCUUGGACCUUACGACCAUACCAUGAAUCAGUCGAACAUUGUAUAUGGAGGCAUGAAUUACACCAUCUCGCCUGACAUGGGCCAACUCGGGUCACCAAACAUAGACGAGCCCUCUACUUUCGGAGGCCCCCUGACAUCUCGUCCGAGUCUGACUGUUCCUGAAACCACCAAGAAUGGGAAGCGGCGCUGUAGCCCCAGCAACGAGAUGCCUGAAGGCAAACGGUGUAGGUUGCAGACGUCGCCAAGAAAAAGUGCUGCAGUCACACAGAGUGCGCGAAAUUCUUCCGACUUAGCCUCAGAGUCGCCUACGACUAGUCAAGAUGGAGAGGGCGCUUUUGCAUGCCCUUAUUACAAGAACAACCCGGAGCAGUUUUGCAAGGGGAAGCGGAAGUCAUGUGCAGGAGCCGGUUGGAAAAGCUUCCACAGGCUCAAGUAAGCUUCCUUCACUCCCGUCUGACAUGCGUAACACUACGUACAGAUGGAACAAGAUUUCACCGGCUUACAUGUCAUGAUAGGGAACACCUUCGUCGCAAUCAUCUCGAACGUGGAUACAAAUGUAGCAGGUGUCAAGUCCGACUGUCAUCGUCAGAAAAGCUCAAAGACCACUACAAUUCCGAAGUUCAAUGCCAAAGGCAAUCUGUUGUCAUCGAUUAUACCAUGGACAGCGCCCAGUGGAGCUCUUGUCAAGGACAUAUGCGCGGGGAGAAUGGAGCCGACAAGUGGCGUGAGGUCUACAAAAUCA